CGGUCUAUCACCUCUUAUUAGUAGAGUUAUUGGGAGCACGUGAUCCAUUUGUAAGUUCUGACAUAUCUAGCACUGCCAUGGCUGACUUAAUGCGAUCACGGACUCGACACCGUCGGUUCUAUGCGUUCAUCCAUGUCUUCGUAUCGUCCGAUCCCCAACUUGCGUCCUUAUGAGAUAGCAUUGUAAGCCAAGCAGUCAGCAUCAUCCGUUAUCAGCGCUUCGACCUCAUAUGUGUGAAAACUGGCCUCGAUAUUUGCGACCAUGUAACUAGUAUAAAUACAGCCUUACAGGGUCAGUCUUGCUGUCUUCAUCCAGCUAAUUUACCAACGAUGUACAUCCCUCCAUUCGAUACCACCUCCUACUCCACCACCACCCAAUCACCCAAUCCAUCCUGGACAUAUGGCCAGAGAGUCGACGCCACUCCUGCCGGAAAAGACUGGCUUGCAGGCGAAUCCGCAGGGUGGAAAGUCUACAGCACAGCAGAAAUGGACAACAUCAAUCUCAACAAGCUCUUGAAUUCAGGCAUUCUACCACGUCCCAUGUCACUCGUAUCCACGAUCAGCGAGGAUGGGGUGGAGAACCUGGCACCCUUCAGUUGGUUCAACACAGUCACGAACUACCCGCCCGUCAUCUCAUUCGCGAUCAACCACAAUGCUACGGGCAGCCUCAAAGACACGACCGCGAACCUGAAGAACGGCCAAGGAUUCGCCGUGAACAUCAUCAGCGAGGCAUUCGUCGAGAAUGCAAAUGCGACUGCCGUAGACGCUCCUCCCGACUUCGACGAGUGGGCUCUCAGCGGUCUGACAAAGGAGAAAUGCGUGCAAAUAAGAGCCUCGCGCGUCAAGGAAAGCGCUUUUAGCAUGGAAUGCGAGCUCUACAAAUCGAUAGAUAUCACCCACCCAGUCACAGGCAAGCACAACAGCACGCUCAUCCUCGCGAGCGUCAAGUACUUCCAUGUGCGCAAAGACAUGCUCACAGGCAGAGGUGCCGUCGACCUCACAAAGUUCAAGCCAGUCGCGCGUGUGGGCGAUAUUUCAUAUGCCCGGGUCGGAGAUACAUACAGGAUCCCUGUGCCUUCAUGGGCGCAGGAGGAGGCGAAGAUACAGGAAGCGUUGAAGACUCUCGCAUCACCAUGAAAUAGAACGAGGGUGGCUUACCAUUUCUGGGCAACACAUACCAUAGACCAUAUAGAUAUCAGCAUCCAGGCGGGAUCAAGUCCGUCGCUAUUUCUUAUCCUUAAGAUAGACCUUUAUAAUUGACUAGCAAGCAGUACUUUUUACAUUAUAAUGAUCAUGGAUUUUCAAACCUGGUAUCCUUUACAACUAUCAGGAUCAACGACAAUCACUGAACACGCGCGCAGUUACAUGCGCUACAAGCCAACUUGGUAAUCUCAUUGUAUCCAUUGCAAGAUUAUACAGCGCUCUGACUGGAAUCGGCAUGGAUCAUUUACAUGGACUCGCCGUCGGUCGGCUGCCGGCCCUCGAGGCCUAUGCAUUCUGUGUUCAUGGAGUUACGAAGGCGUCUCAACACAGCAUGACGCAGAAACGGAUAGAG